AUGUUUUUGAGUGAUUAUGACAAAGAAAUACCACCUCAUAAGAUACAUUCACCCCUGGGUAAUAGUAUCUCGGAUAUGUCCCUGCAGUAUGCCACCGAUGAAAAAGAUCAUCUUAAGGAAUUGGAAUUUUAUAAAAAUUUAGCUAAGGCCGCCUCAUUGGCCUCACAAAAUAACAAUAAUAAUAAUAAUAAUAACAACAAUAGUAACAACAAUAAUAAUUUAAUAAAUAAUGAAAAAUCACCUUUACCUCAACAUUCAAGCAGCCAUCAUCAUAAUCAACAUCUGCAAAGUGCUAAUAGUAAUAGCCAACAAUUACCCUCACCUGCUACAUCACCACAACCUAUGCAAAUUGAUACGGAGCUACAUCCGCAUCAUCUUACGAUAAAUGAUGAGGAUAAUGAUCAGCAGCAUCAUCCUCAUCAUCAUCACGAGAAGAGACUUGAUGAUGAUGUUCAUAUUUUGACUGAUAAUGAUGCUGAAAUGGUGGACGGUCCCACAGAUCAGGCUAAAGCUUCGGCUUUGGCUGCAGCAGCUGCGGCAGCACAAGCUCAUCUAAAUGGAACUAUGCAAGAAAUGUUAAAUUUACAAAAAUUACAAAAUCUCUCAACAUUUCAACAAGAACAAAAUGUAGGCAAUAGUGCAGCCACGGCAGCAGCCUUAGCUAGUUUACAGGGUUUGGCCGCCGGCAUAACAGCCAGUGCGGCAGCAGCUGCCCUUAAUUCACCUUUAAAUCUAAGUGUAGCCAGCAAUGGUGGUCUGCCACAGAUGGCCACGGAUCUUUUGAAUUCGCACAAAGCCAUGACACAAUGUGCCAGCGGUAGUGCGGGCAAUAGUAAUAGUGGUGACAAUCAAAAUACGGCAGGAUCCUCUUCACCACAUGGCAAUAGCGCGGGCCUCAACUCUGCUGGAGGACAAUCAGCUUCUUCUACGCAAAAUACUUUAGCCAAUGUUUUAAAUAAUGCAGCAGCAGCGGCGGCGGCAGCUCAAGGUACAGCAGCAACCGCCUCACCACCUCCUCAGCUGCAAGCACCACCAGCCAGUAACCAAAUGCCUCAACUGAUUUUGGCCUCAGGGCAAUUGGUUCAGGGAGUGCAAGGCGCUCAACUAUUAAUACCCACAGCUCAGGGCAUAGCUGUGCAAACCAUACUCACUAUACCAGUUAGUCCACAAAUCAAUACCAACGAACAAUUUCUUACGAACUUUGGAGCCUUUACUGGCUUUCCUCCACAACAGCCUACACAGCCUCAAAUGUUAAGCUCUUCAACGGCUCAUUUACCUUCGCCUUUGGCAGCUCUUCAUCAACCACCCACCUUGCCUCAGCUUGCCCAAGCACCAACGAAUUUACUAAAACCAAAUCUCUUCUCUAACGGAGUGCAACAGCUUUUGGCUGCUUUGCAUCCUGAGUUAUUUGCAGCAGCUGCAGUCAAUCAUCAUCAUCAACAACAGCAUCAGCAACAACAACAGCAGCAGCAUCAACAACAGCAACAACAUAACACUUCACAACAUGGCCAAGCCAUGUCUAGCCAUCAUCAUGAUUUGCACUUAAGAACGUCGAAUGAAAGAUCCCCGCCUUCUUCUCCCACAAAUAGUACAAAAGCAGCUGCUGCGGCGGCGGCUGCUGCAGCAGCAGCUUUUCAUUUGCAGUCUCAGUUGCACAUAAAACCUGAGACCCAACCACAUCUGCAUCCUCAUCAUCAUGCUGCUGCGGCGGCAGCAGCUCUACAUCAUCAUACUCAGGCUCUUAGACAUGCUGAAGGUUUGGCUUCACCGAAAUUGGAGUGUAAACCUAAUGUUCACUUAACAGCGGAAACUUCUUCAAAUUCACCUCCACCCUUGGGUAGACAUCAAUUUGGUGGCCACCAUCGUUUGGCGGGCUCCUCAUCAUCGCCUCGUCCUUCGUCCUGUGCUUCCAGCAGUAUGACCUUAAGAGAAAGAGAGUCACGAGAACAACAUUCCAUGAAAAUGAGUCCUUUACGCUGUGGCAGUGCCUCGGGUAGUGGCAUGAAUUUGAGUCAACUAGGCAGUGAAAGAGAAAAGGAACGUGAAAGGGAAAGAGAACGUGAUCGCGAUAAAGAAAGAGAACGUGAACGCGAAAGUCAUAGAGAGCGUGAUCGCGAUAGAGAUCGUGAGCGCAUCCGAGCUGCUUCACCUGCCACUUUAAAUGCACGCAGUGCGGCCGCUUCGCUGGCUAAAGAGGCUUCGAAUGCAGCAGCAAAUGCUGCCAACUCGAAUUCAUCCAUGACAUCCAAUUGCAACGAAAGAGGCUUUUCAUCUCCAGUAGGCUCCAGCUCGGCCAGCCAAAUAUAUCGUACACAUUCUCCACACCUGUCGCAUCAUUCUCUAAGCCAACAACCUUCACAUACACACCAAAUAUUAGACUCACCGCCACCUAGAGAUUUUCUGGGCAAUGGAGUGGGUUUAAUGUCGGCCUCCUCAGGUGCCACCACAGCCACUUCAACAACAGCUAAUGUACUUAGUAAUAUAAAUAGACUCUCCUCUUCGAAUGGUGAAUUGAGUAUAACAAAAUCCCAUGGUCCACCAACUGCCACCGCCACACGAGCCUCCUCAGCCUCACCCACCUCUCCUGCGGGACCAACUACAAGUUCUCUUUCAAAUCCUUCCUCCUUACAUCAUCAUAAUCCACAUCAUUCUAUGCAUUCCAUGAAACUAAGUCCCACUACCAGCGCUGUGUUGCAUCAGCAACGUGAAAGAGAGCGCGAAAGAGAACGGGAGCGUGAAAGGGAGCGUAUGCAGGAUCAACAACCACCACCGCCCAUAUCACCCAAUGGCACAGAAGGUUCAAUGGGUGCUCACGAUUUACUAAUGGAUUCACCGAAUGAACCCACUAUUAACCAGGCCACCACCAAUAUGGUUGAUGGCAUCGAUUUAGAUGAGAUUAAAGAAUUUGCCAAAGCUUUUAAAUUGCGUCGUUUAUCGUUGGGCUUGACCCAAACUCAGGUGGGUCAAGCACUGUCGGUAACAGAAGGUCCCGCCUAUAGUCAAAGUGCCAUAUGCAGUGCAUUAGCUGCUCAAAUGUAUGCUGCUCAACUAUCGACACAACAACAAAACAUGUUUGAAAAAUUAGAUAUCACACCAAAGAGUGCUCAAAAAAUUAAACCCGUUUUAGAACGUUGGAUGAAAGAGGCCGAAGAGAGUCACUGGAAUCGUUUUAAAUCUGGCCAAAAUCAUUUAACCGAUUAUAUUGGUGUGGAACCGUCGAAAAAGCGCAAACGCCGCACUUCAUUUACACCGCAAGCUUUAGAGCUUUUAAAUGCUCAUUUUGAGCGUAAUACCCAUCCAUCGGGUACCGAGAUUACAGGUCUAGCCCACCAAUUGGGCUACGAACGCGAAGUUAUACGUAUUUGGUUUUGUAAUAAACGUCAGGCUUUAAAGAAUACGGUGCGUAUGAUGUCGAAAGGAAUGGUUUAAGAUUCGAUGUAUAACAACUGGUAGCAGUAAAAACCGGAAACAGCUAGAAAAAGUUAAAAGCUGAAAAUGAAAACAACUGAAAACAACAGCUCUAAAUUGUUACCUAAGUUGACACACACACAUACAGAAAGCUUAAAGCUUUUUAAAAAUGUAUAUAGAGAUUUUAAAUAUAGUAAUUUUUAAAUAUAAUUAUUAUAAUAUAUAAUUAAGCAAAUAAUAUUAUGAAAAACAGUUUUUUUAGAUAUAAAUAGAUAUUCCAAAUAUAAGAAAAACAAUUUCUAAACAAACACUAACACUUUUACUACAAAUUCCCAAUUAAUUAUCUAAAACAUAAAACGCACUUUCAAAAAACAACCUUUAGAAAACAUUGAAUAUUUUUAAAAACAUAAAAUUAUUAAUAACUGUAACUAUUAUUCAAAAUCUAUACUUUCUCUAACAACCACAAUUUUAGUUUGUAUGAAUUAGUUCUAUUAAGAAAAAAAUACCGAAUAAUUAUAGGCCAUAUGUAAAGGUGUGUCAUAGCAUUUAUCAUUUAGUUGUAAUAAAACAUUAAAAUUUAAAUAAUAAUUAAAACUACAAACAAAAUUAAGAUAAUUAUAAGUAAGAUUGUAAUAUUAUAACAUAAAUAAGAUUUUUAUUUGAUUUUUUUGCUGUGAACAGCAAAAAACAUUACAAUUAUUAUUAAAAUUUUAAAUUAUUUCAACAAAAAAGAAAUUAAACGUGCCAUUCCAAAAUUAAACAUAAAUAAACAAAAAUCCCUUAAAAUUUUUUUCCAAAAACUUGUAAAAAUUUGUAAGUUUAUAACAACUUUAGUUUAAUAACUUAAAUUUAAAAAAAACAGGUCCUUUUUUGAAAGAAAGCAAAAUAACCUUUACCCACAACUAAACCUAUAACAAAUAAACUUAUAUUUAAACUUAAACAUUAAAAAACAUUAAUUAGUAUUGUACGUAACUUUUAUAGCCUAAAAAAUAUGUAAAAAUUAAAAGAAAA